AAAGCUCCCAGAUGUACGUGUAACAGUUCAGAGGGAAACCCGGAAUGUAUUUCAUAAGUAGUGCAACGCCCGUGGGCUCAGUAGAUUGGCGAGGUUUGUUCAGAACGGACGUGAAACUAUGGAGCGGGAAAACUACAAUGCGGAAUACUUCGAGCGAGCUUUGGCGAGAGCAUACGGUUGCGAAAAGCUGCGGGUGGAGAACUUUCACAGCGAGGUGCUGAGCCAGAAGGGCGAGCACUUCUGCAGCGUCAUCUACCGGGUGGCGUUGGACUUCCGGAGGUCUCCCUAUGGGGAUCUUGAGUCCGGAAGAUACAUUCUCAAGGACCUGCUGCCCGUCGCUGCUGAGUUGGGAACAAACGAAAAGGAUAUGUUCGAGGAACUCCUGCCGGCGAUGUCAGCUAUCCUCGAAAAAGCCCCAAAGGAGUUUGGCGAACACAAACUGAGUGCAGAAUGCCUCUUAGCCGAGACCUCCCCCAGAAAGGAGAUCUACAUUAUGGAGGAUCUGGGUGCCCUGGGAUACGGAACGUUCGAUCGUUUUAAGGGCCUAAGCGUGGACGAAGUCAAGAUUGGCUUGAGGAAAUUGGCUCAGUUCCACGGCUCUUCCAUGGUCUUAUUCCAGAAUCAACCCGAGUUGGUGGCAAAGCUCUCACCUUCUCAUUAUGCCAAGGGACUAUCAGAUCCUUUCGCCAAAUCCCUCAUCCUAGAUGCUACCGAAUAUGCUGCCGAUGUGUUUGCCGAGGAACUGCCGGAAAUAUCGAGAAAAAUGAAGGCUCAAAUACCAGACGCAUAUUCGCGGAGAAUGCAAGAUGUUGUCGAUCCCAAAAAGUCUUCUUUCAACGCAGUUAUCCACGGGGAUCCCUGGUUGAAUAACAUCAUGGUUGAUUCAGUUAACAAGAAGGUAGUCCUUGUUGACUUUCAGAACUGUUAUUGGGGCAGUCCGGCCAUUGACCUUUACUUCUUUUUUUACACCAGCAUAAAGCAUGAAAUACUGGUGAACAAUUUGGAAAAUUUUCUGAAACAUUACUUCCGCUGCCUCCAGGAGACACUAAAACAUUGUGGCUUCAAGGGACCGCUGCCAACCUUUGAUCAAUUAAAGGAUGAGAUGCAACGAUGCCUGCUGUACGGCUAUUAUACAGUCACUUGUGAGCUACCCAUUGCUUGUGCCUCCCCUGAGGCAAGUGCCGACUUUGGGGUUCAAACCUUUGGAGACCGGGAAGCUAUGCGCAAGAAACGUCAGCAAUUGUACACCUGUGAGCGAGUGCGCCAGACGAUUAGGGCCUGUCUUCCGCAUUUUGAUCAGCAGGGUGUUCUAGAGACCCCCUAAGAUAGGAGCAAUUUUUUACUUUGUUUUAUUUUUAAUAACUACUAUUUCGUUAAAGUCUGUAAUGUCAGUAUUUUGUAAGAACAAACUGUUUUAGAUAUUGCAUAAGUUGGCUUUUAUGAGAAUUAAUUGCAACACAGAUUUCGAACUGUUUCCUUAAAUCGGAAAUAUUUAAUAAUGUCGACUUACUUCCCAGCCGUUCCUCUACUCAAGUGUUACUUCUUGUCGUUAUAAAUAAAUUUGUAGUCUGCCAAAGUUUCUGUCCAAGA